UAUACCAACAUAACCGAAAAUCUGAAAUUUAACAAAUCAACUCACCACAGGACAUCAAAAUGCCUACUCAUCUUGCUAAGAAUCGUAAGCUUCGUGGUCACGUUUCCGCCGGUCACGGUCGUAUCGGAAAGCACAGGAAGCAUCCUGGUGGUCGUGGUCUUGCUGGUGGUCAACAUCACCUCCGUACUCACUUGGAUAAGUACCACCCUGGUUACUUUGGUAAGGUUGGUAUGCGCCGUUUCCACCUUCAAAGAAACCCCUUGUGGCGCCCUAGUGUCAACUUGGACCGUCUCUGGACUUUGGUCCCCAACGAGACCCGUGAAAAGUACUUGGGCAAGAACACCGAGGUUGCCCCUGUGAUUAACAUCGUCCAAUCUGGUUACGCUAAGGUUUUGGGUAAGGGCCGUCUUCCUGAGACUCCUGUCAUUGUUCAAGCUCGCUACGUCUCCCGCAGAGCUGAGGAGAAGAUCAAGCAAGCUGGUGGUGUUGUUGAACUUGUUGCCUAAACAAAAAGUAAUACAUAAAAACACCUGAGUGGCUAAUUUUUGGUGUGCUUUGUUGAUUGUAGUUAUUAUGCGUAUACGUAGAACUUUGU